AUGGCGCUCGCUAAAAAAAAAUGUAAUCUUUGUGAUGAAAUUCUACUACCUAGGGCUGUACCGUUAUGCAAGGCCACAAGAAAUCGAGAGUUAACAGAAAAGAAAUUGUCCACUGCCGGCAGUAACGUGUUGUCGGACUUACUCAGAAGCGUUGGGAUAGGUAUUUGUAAUGCAGCGAGCGAAGAAUCCAGAUCGGCAGCUUGCAAAGAAUGUGCAAGAAAAAUUUUCAAUUGCUGCACGAUGUUUCAUGAACUUGAAAGUGCUGUCAAAGCCAGGAUCGACGUGGGCUAUUCAGAGUCUACGGAAGGUGGAAUUAAGAGGCUCCAUGGAGGAUCGACACCUAACUCCAAGAAAAUAAAGGAUAUUCCACAACAAGUGCAAGAGCCAAGAGAACCUAAAGGUCGGUCAAGGAAAUCCUUAUUUCACCUCGAAGCCGAUUGGACUGAGCGUGAAAAUAUUGAAGGCGCUAUAGCCAAUUUGAUGUGUUUACCUGUAACAACAACAAAGGACGAAAUAGCGCCUAGGCCAGUAGUGAAGGUAAGUGGCUCUUUUUUCCAGAUAGUUAAAUUCUAAAUUAAGCUUAAUAGCUGCAGCUACUUGCAAUUAGCUUUUCUUUCAAUGGACGCAAUCAUUUAAUUUCUUUCCUUCUGAUACAGGUAAAGAAACUUAUUCAACGAAAAGAAGCUUUACAAAUUUGAACUGAAAUUGACAACUGCUUAUCGAUAUUCACAUAAGCCCUUUAAAAUUCUAUAAGAAUUGCCCGCACGUGUUCUACUUAUUUUUGUUUAUCAAUUUUUGUCUUUAUCUUCAUCUUUCAGAUAUUUAUGGCAUAUUGCAGUGGUCGAGUGAUAGAACACGAGUGUACAGGUGACGAGGAGCUUCUUGUAAAAAAACUUAGGAAUCAAAAACUACAAAGCCGCCACAGUUGGCGUCACUAA